CUUCGGCGUCCGUUUCCCGCCCCCGGCUUCGCCUCCUGCUGCUGCUGCCGCUGCCGCUACUGCUGCCGCCGCCGUUUCCCGCGGCCUGGGUCUCCCGCCGCCAGCAUGCCACACGCCUUCAAGCCUGGGGACUUGGUGUUCGCCAAGAUGAAGGGCUACCCGCAUUGGCCGGCCCGGAUCGAUGACAUUGCCGAUGGUGCCGUGAAGCCUCCACCCAACAAAUACCCCAUCUUCUUCUUUGGCACACACGAAACAGCCUUCCUGGGACCCAAGGACUUGUUCCCCUAUGACAAAUGUAAGGAUAAGUACGGGAAACCCAACAAGAGGAAGGGCUUCAAUGAAGGGCUGUGGGAGAUCCAGAACAAUCCUCACGCCAGCUACAGUGCCCCUCCGCCGGUGAGCUCCUCUGACAGCGAGGCCCCUGAAGUUGACCCAGCUGCAGGGAGCGACGUGGACGAGGAGGACCGGGGGGUCAUGGCCGUCACAGCUGUGACUGCCUCAGCUGCCAGCGACAGAAUGGAGAGUGACUCAGACUCUGAUAAGAGCAGUGACCACAGUGGCCUGAAGCGAAAGACAUCGGUGCUGAAGCAGUCCCCUCAUUUCCAGAUGUCUGUCUCCAAACGAGCUCGAAAAGCCUCUAGCGACCUGGAUCAAGCCAGCAUGUCGCCGUCUGAGGAGGAGAACUCUGAGAGCUCUUCUGAAUCAGAGAAGACCAGUGACCAGGACUUCACCCCUGAGAAGAAGCCUGUGGGCCGGGCGCCACGGCGGGGGCCCCCAGGAGGGCGGAAGAAAAAGAAGGUUCCCACAGCCUCUGACUCGGACUCCAAAGCAGACUCAGACAGGGCCAAGGAGGAGCCGGUGGCUGUGGCCAGAUCAGCAUCCUCUUCCUCCUCUUCCUCCUCCUCUGACUCGGAUGUGUCCGUCAAAAAACCUCCACGUGGCAGAAAGCCAGCUGAGAAGCCUCCCCCAAAACCCCGAGGGCGGAAACCAAAGCCUGAGCGCCCACCAUCCACCUCCAGCAGUGACAGUGACAGUGAUGAAGUGGACCGAAUCAGCGAGUGGAAACGGCGGGAUGAGGAGCGGAGGCGCGAGCUGGAGGCCCGGCGGCGGCGAGAACAGGAGGAGGAGCUGCGGCGGCUGCGUGAGCAGGAGAAGGAAGAGAAGGAGCGAAGGCGCGAGCGAGUCGAGCGCGGGGAGGCUGAGCGCGGGGGCAGUGGUGGUGGCAGCAGCGGGGACGAGCUAAGGGAUGACGAUGAGCCUGUCAAGAAGCGGGGCCGCAAGGGCCGGGGCCGGGGGCCUCCGUCCUCCUCUGACUCCGAGCCUGAGGCUGAGCUGGAGAGAGAGGGGAGAAAGUCAGCUAAGAAGUCACAGCCACCAGGCUCAGAACCCACGAGGAAGCCUGGUCAGAAGGAGAAGCCUCGAGCCAGGCCUGUGAAGGUGGAGCGAACCCGGAAGCGGUCUGAAGGGCUCCCAUUGGACAAGAAGGUGGAGAAGAAGAAAGAACCUUCCGUGGAGGAAAAGCUCCAGAAACUACACAGUGAGAUCAAGUUUGCACUGAAGGUUGACAACCCGGAUGUGAAGAGGUGUCUGAACGCACUGGAGGAGCUAGGGACCCUGCAGGUAACCUCCCAGAUCCUGCAGAAGAACACGGAUGUGGUGGCCACAUUGAAGAAGAUUCGCCGAUAUAAAGCCAAUAAGGAUGUGAUGGAGAAGGCGGCAGAGGUCUAUACUCGGCUCAAGUCGCGGGUCUUGGGGCCAAAGAUUGAGGCCCUCCAGAAAGCAAACAAAACUGGAACAGAGAAGGAGAAGGCCGAGGGGGAGAAGGCCGAGGAGAAGCUGGCUGCAGAGGAGGCCCCCAAGGAGAAGACGGAGGAUGAGCCUGGCACUGAUCUCUCGGCCCCUGUGAACGGCGAGGCCAUGUCCCAGAAGGAGAGUGUGGAGGAUAAAGAACAGGAGGACGGACAGGACUCUGAGGAGGGCCCAAGGUGUGCUUCCUCUGAAGACAUGCACAGCGACAGCCUGCGGGAGGACCCCGACCUGGACAGGCCUGGGAGCGAACGGCAGGGGCGUGAGCUGGCACGGCAGGACUCGGGGUCCCCGGUUGAGGAGAGCUGAGCUCAGCCCACAGGAGGCCGGGCUGCCA